UGGAAUUUGUUAUUGUUUGACAGGAACAUCUACAGGAUAGCAAUCAUGACGAAUUUCCUCGGCCGCGAUGGAGAGCUCCUGCUCGCUAUCGUUGUUGUGUUUCUCCAUUUUAUUACCAGCGGUAACAGUUCGAGGGGACAAGAUUAUCGUCACAACUAAUUAUCAUAGGUAAACUAAACAUAAAUCACUAAACACUUGGUUAUAAGUAGCGAGCGUGAAAGAUGGCUGGCUGCUUCACUCCGCUGGUUGGAACUGUCAAUCGAGAAAGUUAUGUAUUGUCAAAACCCACUAACAUCCACUAAUCGUCCACAAUGUACUGAAAGCAGUUUGUGGGUGAACAAGAUCGUUACUGUACUUUUGUCAAUUUUUAAAUUAUAUGCUUGACUGGAAAAUUUAUAAUUAUUGAUUUUAAGUGGUGUUAAUAAUUUCACUCGUUGAUGAAAUUUAUCAUACAUCAAAAAUGAGGAACGCGUGAAAAAAAUUCGAUCCAGAGUAAUUCAAAUAUCCCGCACUUUUCGUGAGAUGGCACAUUGUCUGUGCGCAAAAAAUUAAAAACACAUGGGUUUGAGAGCGUUGGCGUCUGCUACGCAAAACUACCGGCUAAACACGAGCAACCAAACACCCCACAGUUUUGUAAACAAUGGAGCAAAAUAGCAAAGAAAUUCUUCCUGCCAGGUAUCUAAACGAUCACAUCAAAGCCGAUACCAGAGAAGAUGGACGUGACUUUUUAUCGUUUCGUCCAGUUUCCGUUAACGUAGGAUCGAUCAAAAACGCCGAUAGUUCGGCUGUUUGCAGAAUUGGCAACACGGGUGCAGUUUGUGGAAUUAAGGCUGAAUUAGGUCCUCCUCAUGCUGACGCUCCUGAUGUUGGUAUCAUCUUACCUAUCAUUGAGUUAUCAGGUUUAUGCAGUCAAAGAUUUCGACCAGGACUUCCAAACGAAGAGGCAAUGUGCAUUGCCAAAAUAGUCGAGGAUAUUUUGAUAAAUUCAAAAGCUAUAGACUUGACAGAUCUUUGCAUUCAUAAAGGGAAACUGGUUUGGAUUCUCAACUGUCAAAUUAUGUGUACCAAUGCUGAUGGUGCUGUGGUAGAUUGCUGCAUUGCUGCACUGAUGGCAGCCUUGAAAAAUUUAACUGUACAAAAAGUAGAAUAUACUCCUGAAUCUAAUGAGUUCAAAAAAGAUCCUGUGGAAAGAGUCAGCAUUCCACUGAAACAGAUGUCCAUUCGUACAUCUUUUGCUUUGUUGAAAGAUGAUCUACUCAUUGCUGAUCCAACAUCUUUUGAAGAAGAUAUGGCAACAAGUAUGCUCAGUUUAGCAUACAAUGAAAAAAAUGAAAUAGUUUAUUUACACAAACCAGGUGGCGAUCCCAUCUCAGACACUUUAUUAAAGAAAGCUAUGAGUAAAGCAAAAUCUCAUACAGAGCAAAUAAGAACUUUGAUAUCAACAGCUCAAUCUACUGUUGGAAAAAAGUGA